GCGCGACAAACGUGACUGCGCGUCAACCCGGCGCAAGCACCCCGCAGUAGCCGACAAACGCCCCGGAUGCUCCACUUUGCCUUGCACCGAACACCGCACCGACUAACUUCAUGUAGCUGAGAUGACGGACGCCACUAUAGGCGCGCCGGCACCCAAGAAGCGGUCCCUGUUCAAGCGAGCAGCCUGGCAAGAUGCUGCAAAGAAGGAAAACGAGGACAUUUUCAGCCAUUCCAACGAAUUUAAGGAUAUAAUCGCAGAGGAAAAUAGGACAAAAGAAGAAGAGAAAAGGAAGCAAGCGGAGGCAAAGAGGAAAGCUGAAGCAGAGGAAAGGCGUGAACAAGCUGAGAAGCAGGACAAGAAGGGCAAGAGACGGAAGGUUUCUAUCGACCACGAUGAACCACAAUUGCUCCGCAGUGGGUCUUCAGACUUGGGGAUAACAAGCACAUCACAAAGCCAAGAACGGAGCAAGACAUCCCACUCUCCUGCUGCACCCGCGCUACCACCAAAUUCUCUCACUGCGCGCUACGAUACUGUCGCGAGGUCGACCCGAAGUCAGGGCUUGAGAGCAGCGCCUGUCAUAGUCGAUCUUGGCGGCUCAGACGACGAGGAAGAUGUGUAUCAUUCGAACUCGUUCGGCGGUAACACAUGGGACGAUACAACAUCAGGCGUCGAAAAAAAUCACCGCGUGGCUUUGCGCCCGUCGAAAGCCACGCCGUUAGAUGUCGACGAUCUAGAGGAGGUCCAAGACCCAGAGCUUGCAGCCAUUGAGGCGAGAGCGCGCGCAAGAGCAGCAGCCAAAAGAGCAGCAGCAGCAAACGGGAGUAAGGCCCCUGUCGCACAGCUGCUAAUAGACUCGGAGCUACCCAAUACAAACCCCCUGAUGGUCAAAGUGCGCAUCGACACCACCAUCGAGAAACCCCGCGAGGCAUGGUGCGCGCGGCAAAACUUCUCGCCCGAAAUGACGCGCAACGUCUUCUUCACCUGGCGCGGCACCCGUCUGUACGACAGCACCACGAUCAAGCGCCUGGGCAUCAAGAUCGACGACCACGGCAACCUCUCUCUCGAGGGCGACGACUCCAUCUACGACGACCACACGACGCCCAAAAUCCACGUCGAGGCCUGGACCGACGAGACGCUGGCCCAGCACAAGCGCGCCGCCGCCGCCGAAGCAGAAGCCGCCCGCAAAGCCGUCGAGGCCACGCCCGUCGCCGAGGCGCGCACUCCAACGCCCACCCCCGAGCCCGAGGCGAAGAAGUAUCGGCUGUUUCUGAAGGCGAAGGGGCUCGAGGACUUCAAGCUGCAGGUGCGCCCCGACACGACGCUCGAGCGCCUCGCAGACGCGUUCCGGACGGCGCGCAGUGUCCCCGCCUCGCAGCCGCUGACGCUGAUGUUCGAUGGCGAGCGCUUGUCGCCGAUGGACACGAUUGAGGACACGGAGCUUGAGGAUAUGGAUUCGAUUGAUGUGCUGCUCAAGUGAGCGGCGCGUAUGUGUUUGACACUAUCUGGCUGGCGUUUAUCAGGGGCAUUGCGAGCGCGGUGUUGGGGUGCGAUAUUCUGGUGUGCAUUGCCAGCGUCUGGUUUUAGCUACGGGUUGGUGUUGCAUGGAUACCACACAUUGACAUACGCAAACCAAUAAUAAAUUAACGUCGACUCGAUGAAGACGGCAUUGCAUGA